GUCUCCACUUGCAUUCCAUAACCUCCAAAAAUCUCAUGUGAUGUAAACAUAACCUCAAUAAAUUUUUUCAACGUUUCAAAAAUGUUUAGUGUACUUUCUCGAAAUAUUGUCAAUGCUGGAAGAUUUUUAUACAGAUCUUCAUACGCUUACACGUGCAAAGUGCUCGAGUUUUCUCAGACGAUUCCAAAAAAAAAUUAUUCCAGUGGUAAACCAAAAAAUGAUCUGCUGGAAGAGAAUGAGGUUGGACGAGAGCCUCCACUGGGUGUCAGGUCCGAUUACAAACCGUUUCGAGAAGAGGAUGCUACGGUGAUAUUCGAUGUUGACGAGGAAAAGAAGAGGCUCGACUUGGAGGAAUUCAAUGCCAUGCAGGAGGUCGAAGAUCCUUAUGAGGGACUCAAUAUGAAACGAGGUGUCGAUGGAGUUUUUGAGAUUGAAGACCUCGUAGAUCUCCUCAGAAAGGAUCGAGCAGUGAAUAUUUUCGUGGCAACAGUCCCGAAGGAACUCAGUUACGUUGACUAUCUUGUAAUCGUUACUGGAAAAUCUCAGAGACACAUGAGUGCUCUCGCCACGUUCGUUAGGAAAGCUUACAAAUUAAAGAGGAAUGACAAUGAUAUUAUUCCCAAAAUUGAAGGAGCUAAGUCAAAGGACUGGGUUGCCCUCGAUUUAGGGAAUAUUGCUCUCCAUGUUUUUUCUAAAUCAGCGAGAAGUCUUUAUGACUUGGAGACUUUGUGGGCAGUGGGUGCAGAAUUUGAUAAUCAAUUGAACCAAACGGAGACAGAAGAGGAAUUCGAGGACAAAUACAUGAAGUACUUGAAGGAAUUGCAGCCAGCUGACGAGCCGGAACCGCCUAAAACGGAAAUAGACAAUCCCAGCAUGGUAUCAAUUGCUCCUUAGUAACGAAACCACUGUAAAUAGAAUUUUCAAUUAUCCAGAAAAGUUUCACGAUUUUGUGAAGAAAGUAAAAAUUUAUUCAAGUGUCUUGUACAGCUCUUAAAUGUAUUAUUCAUUUUCAUAAUGUCAGUCAAUUAAUAAAUCAUUAAUUUUGCUUAA